UUUUUUUUUUUGUUUCUAGCAGAUAUUAUGAUAUAUGUUACUCACUCUGUUUCUCUCUGAGAUUUGUGGAAGGUCUUUUUGUCUGGCUUCUUGUAUUUUCUUCAUUUGGUGAUCAAAAUUGUUCCAAAACUUUUUACUUUUCCCUAUUCAACGAGCUCUUGAUUCUGUGUACAUAGAGAUGGAGGUACCAGAUGAUUCAUGUGGCUGGCCACACAAUUCUAACUCUUUCGUGGAAAUCUCUUCAGUUUCAGAACAGAAUGACUCUUCUCCUGUAACUCCAAAGUCUGAUACAAUACCUGUAGCUAUCAACUUUUAUCAUGGAAGUUCUGAUGUUUCUCGCAACCAUGAUUCUGACUCUUCUUAUUCCGAGUUAGACUCGGAAUCGGAAACUGAGGCUUUUUACUCUUCUCUUAACCACCACCUGGUCUCACCAGGGGCCAUGGAUAGCCAUGACUUAGCUGCUGGGAAACAAAUGGAUUAUGAAGAACUCUUGAAGGAAUAUGUCCAGUCCGAGGAAGAGCUACUGACUACGAGUUUGAGGCUCCAAGAAUCUCGACAAGAGAUUGAGAAGCUCAAGGGCGAGGUUGAGAAGGGAGAGUCUGCUGUUCUGCUUUCUGAGAAUCUACGUGCUGAGCUUGAAGCUGCACAGAGAGAAAUUGAGAGUAGGGAUGUGGCUAUUGAGACUGAGAAAACCCGAGUUCUGGAGAUGCAGAGACAGAUUGUUGAUUUGGAAACUAAGCUCUCUUACUCAAGUUUCAAAUUUGAGAAUCUAGUGAAUGAGCUUGAAGUGAGUAGGGAAUGUUUAGAUGUGUCAGAUGCUGAGAUCUCAAAGCUAAGGGAUAUGUUGUGUGAUUGUCAGGGAACUUUCUCUACUGAGAAAACAAAACUGCAGACUGAUAUUGCUGGUUUGUUAGCGAAUCAGGCUUUCUUUGAAGCUUGGGUUAAAGAAUUUGAAUCACGCAACGAGGUAUUGGAAGAUCAGCUUCGGCAUUCUGAUGUAGAGAUGCAGAGAAAAGAGGUUGAGUUGCAAGCUGAAAUCAAUGCAUUGAAGACAGACCUGGCCUCUCGAGGUGAGCAUACUGAAGCAUUGAACAAGGAUUUCGACAAACACAAGCUGAACUACGACAUGUUAAUGGCAGAGAAAGAUGGAGUAUGUGCUGAAGUGGACAGUCUAAAAGCAGAGAUGAGGUCAAGAGAUAUCCAAAUUGAGCAAAUGGAGGAGCAACUUAACCAGCUGCGCUUUAAGCAGACUGAGCUUGUGUCUGAAUCAGGAAAUGCCAAGAACACUGAAGAGGAACUGAGAGCUACGGUUAAAGAGCUAGAGAAGCAAGCAGAGUUGCAGAGGAAUGUCAAGAACACCGUGGAGGAACUGAGAGCUACGGUUAAAGAACUGGAGAAGCAAGCAGAGUUGCAGAGGAAGGCGAUACAAGAAGGAGAGGAAGAGAAACGUGAAGCGAUAAGACAGCUUUGUUUCACGCUGGAUCAUUACAAAAGCGGAUACAGAGAGCUUCUGCGGUUUCUCUCGGGAAACAAUAACAAGCAACAACAAACAAUCAUGGUCGUGUGAGUUGGAGUGAAUUCUCUAUCUUUUGUUUACUCGUUGUAGUAGUCUUAAUGUCUUUCUUUGCCUUAUUCUGCUUGAGUCAUUUUGUGUGAUGGUCCUUCUCAGACAUUAAAUUAAAUCUUCAAAUUCUUUAGUAAUAAAUGCAAUUUAUAUUAAAGUAUA